CAAGGUAGUCUUUGUCGUCUCUGGACGUUUACUUUGAAUCUCUCUCUCUCUGUCUCUCUCUGGAUAUUCCAAUUCACAUCCAUGUAUGCAUGAUGGUCGCUGUGAUCUAGGGUUUCUGAUCCAGAAAUUACUUUUGAUUCUGAAGCUAGAAGAGUUCAGUUUCGAAUGGAGAACUCGAAGGCUUCCGAUCAGAAAGACUCGAGAUUUCCCUACCGGAAGGCUACACCUUUUCACUAUCACAAGCUCGAUGCCGAAUCGCCGAGAUCGUCGAACAAUGAAAUCGGAUUCAGCCCAGGCAGCGAUAGAAGGUUCGCAUUUUCGCGCCAAACAUUGUUUCAUCAAUCGUCCGUAGCAUCCGGCGAUUCUGUUACGCCUAUGCUUUCGCGGACUUCUUCCAGCAUCGAUAUUCCACUAAACAAGAGAGGAUGGAGUGAAGAGACGUUUUUAUGGGGAGAAGAAGAGGGUUCUGAUGAGAAACCGUCGAUUUUCACGCAUUUGUUGUCGGGUUUUAGGAUUUUGAGGUCGGGAAACCGGCCUAUGAGGAGGCUGCUGCUGCUGAUCUUCCUCAAUGUGGCUUAUUCAACCGUUGAAUUGUGUUUAGGCCUUCUUUUGGGUCGUGUAGGUUUGGUGUCUGAUGCAAUCAAUUUGACAUUUGGAUGUGGUCUGUUAACGUUUUCGUUGUUUGCAAUGGCUGCUUCGCGGAAAAAGCCUGAUCGAAUCUAUACUUACGGGUACAAGAGAUUAGAGGUUUUAUCUGCUUUCACCAAUGCUCUGUUUCUGUUGUUUAUGUCCUUCUCAUUGGCUGUGGAAGCACUUCAUGCAUUUAUACAAGAUGAAUCUGAGCACAAGCACUAUUUGAUUGUUUCAGCAGUGACAAAUUUGUUGGUGAAUCUUAUUGGUGUUUGGUUCUUCCGGAACUAUGCUCGCAUUAAUCUUGUUUAUAGAAAAGCAGAAGAUAUGAACUACCACUCUGUUUGCCUGCAUGUGCUUGCUGAUUCUAUUCGAAGUGCAGGUUUGAUUCUGGCCUCUUGGCUUCUAUCCCUUGGGGUUAAGAAUGCUGAAGUUUUGUGUUUAGGACUAGUUUCAGUCACAGUUUAUAUCCUCGUCAUGCCUCUGUUUAGAACAACUGGUGGCAUCCUGCUCCAAAUGUCACCGCCCAGUAUUCCAUCUUCUGCUUUAAGCAAAUCCAUGAGACAGGUAAUGUCUCGAGAAGAUGUCUCAGAAGUUUCUCAAGCACGGCUUUGGGAGUUGGUGCCUGGUCAUGUCAUCGGAUCGCUCUCACUUCAGGUGAAGAAAGGGAUAGAUGAUGAUCGCCCAGUACUCCAAUACGUGCACGGGUUGUACCAUGAUUUGGGCGUGCAAGACUUGACAGUACAAACUGACUAUGCCUGACCCCCCCUCUCUUUUUCUUCUUGUGUUUAAGCUGCUUUAUGAUUGUUAUACAUUUCAAAGAAUUUUGAGUAUUUGAAUAAGAAAAAUGACUGUAUAAUUAAGCCCAA